GACAAAAUAUUCAAGGCCCACAGGAACUCGUGAUUCGCAAGGACCGACGGCACGAGACUCUAUUUACCCUACCCUACCCUACCCUCACAAAGGGUCAAGUGAGCAACAAAAAAAGGCAGUGAGCGCACACGCAACCUGCAUGCACAGGGAGCACCGCCCACCCAGUUCAACCAGCCCGGAGUAGAAAGCACGGUUCAGCCCGGCCCCAGUCAUAGUGGCCCACAAAUUUCUCCCGCUUUUCCUCCAUUACGACCUAAAAGCAGCUGCCAGUGUCGUCAUCGCUUCGUCGGCCACCUCGCUGCUGCCAUUUUCCCACUUCCAACCUACUUUUUCCAGAAACCCCGUUUUACUUCUCAACAUUCUACUCAGGAACCGAAGAACACCGAACAGAUCGCUAAGGUUCGUGUAAAACAGGACUUGCCCAUCGGUUUCAGUCCUGUUUGUUUCGGCCUCACCCGGCGGCAACUUUAUUUCGAUUUUUAUUUCUGUGCUUCAAAGCGAGACAACAUCCAAUAUUCUUAUUCCAUCCCAAAGCACAAACUCAACUCCCUACCAACAAACGGUUCAGUUCCUGCACCACGUUGUAUCUCGCCUGUGCAACGGGAUACCUGCAGCACCAUUUCCCGACAACCUUAUCAAUAACACCAUUACACCGCCACCAAACCACUACCAGAAUAUACCAUGGCUAGCCGUUCCGACCGUUGGGACCGUGAGCGGUUUCAAUAUGAGCGCGAUCGCGACCGCUACGGUGAUGAGCGUGAACGCUACCGCUUCGAGGACGAUGAACGCGAGCGCUUCCAGCGCCGCCCCUCCCCACCCCGGUUCCGUGAAGACUUGGGUCGCCGUCCACCUGUUUAUGACGACGACCGCGUUCGUGACCGCCGCUUUUAUGAUGGUGACGAGGUCCGUUUUGAGCGCCGUCGCUACUCCCCGCCAGUACGCCACCCUCUGGACCGGGAGGACUUUGACAGGCACGUCGUCAUCGAGAAGGGUCGCCGUCCCACUAUGGUGAGGCGACAGUCUAGCCUGGACACCUUUGACAGGUUCCCACGGGGCUACCACGAGCGGGAAGAGUACGGUCCACCGGCUAGACGUGAGGAUUACCGUCCGCAGCCGUACAUGCCCAUCCCUUUGCCUAGGACUAGGGCCCUGCCACCACCACGACGCUACGAAUACUACGAUGAAAUCAAGGUCUCGGACCCUGACUACUAUGGGGACGAGGAGUACCGCAACUACCCGGAGCGGAUGCAGGAUCGAGAGAUGGUUCGCAUGAGAAGGCGUGAGCGAAGCCGGGAACGAUCCCGGGCCAGGAGCCGACGAAGCAGCUCCCGGUCAUCAAGCACAAGCAGCAGCAGCAAUAGCUCUGUCACUACAACGAAGACGGCUACUACGGUUAAGAGCGAGUAUCCCAAGAAGGGAAAGACAAGAAUUCCGUCAAGACUGGUGUCCAAGAGGGCUAUUAUUGACUUGGGUUAUCCCUAUGAGGAAGAGGGCAACACUAUUAUCAUCCAACGAGCUCUUGGCCAGGAGAACAUCGACGACCUCCUCAAGCUCAGCGAGGACUACAAGAAGAGCGAGCUCGAAGUUGCAUCAGCCCGCUCUGAGCACGAGGAGAUCAUUGAGGAGACGGUUACCAAGGAAGAAGUCGUCGUGGCUCCCCCUCCUCCACCACCACCACCACCUGCACCUGAAGAGCCAGUCAUUGUGGACGUACCACCACCUCCGGCACCUCCGCCGCCCGUUCAAGCUCCGGCACCCGUUAUCAACACCACUACAACUAUGGUGGCUGUACGCGAUGUGUCACCCUCGCGCAUGACAACGUCGUCAUACAGCACAUGCACUUCGGAUAGCAGCUAUAGCACGCACACAACGCGGGUCCCUGUCAUUGUCGACGCUGGCCCACGUGAACUGGUUCGACACCGGCGCCAUAGGUCGGCCAGCCGGGGUGACCUGGUGCGCGCCGAGCGGUUGAGUGACGGCCAGCUCGUCAUCUAUGAGGAGCGCGUUGAAAAGAUUGAGGAGCCAAGGCGUGGCGUUAGGAUCGAGAAGGACAAGAAAGGACCGCCUCCCAAGCUUCUCAGGGCCAUGCUUGCCACGCUCACGUAAAGUGUGGGGGUGGGCGAUUUUGUCUGCCUGGAGCAGCUUCUUGUCCGAUCACAGUUCAGAAAGCACGACAACAAGUGUUGCAGCCUUUUAGAGUGUACUUAUCAUCUCUGACGAUAUCUUUUACGACUAUGGCGAGAAUGUCAUUUCUUUCUUCUUUGGGAUUGCGGAGUUCAGAAUGGGAUAAAUAUGAUGUUCAACUACAUGUUUGGAUAAUAACCACGGCCACUUAUGACAUCUGUAUUGGUUGCCACUUUUGUUUUGAUCUUGGAUAUCUGCUUUUGGUGUGCUGUGUGUGGUUGUUGUUGUUGUUGUGUGACGAGUUUACUAUGUGUGCCCCUAGCGAGGAGAAUUCUAAUAUCUACUAUUAAACACGAGAUUGUAAUCACGUUUUUUCACACUGCAUUCCGAUGCUCUUGAUGAAGUAUGGUCAGUCUGCAAGCGUCC